AUGAAUUUUUCAACAUUGAUAAGAGGUUACACUCUCUUUCGGAUAUAUCCUACAGAAGAAUCACAAUUUGAUAUCAUAAAUCUAUUACAAACAUCAAAUAAUAGCAUAGAAGUGCUCAAAAAGAGUCGCGGAUACAAUGACAGUACAGAUGUAUUGGUCCCACCAGAUCGAGUCCAAAAUUUUGAAGAUUUAGCAAAGGAAAAUCACUUUAAGUACGACCUGAAAAGUCAGUACGGCAGGUCAUUCGAAUCUCCUGAGAGGGCACCAAGGCGGAGAGUUCUCAGGGGCUUCAAUAUUUACGAAUACCAUUCGUUUGCAGCCAUACAAGAGUAUAUCGAGACCAUGGCAAACAAACACCCGGAACUGAUCAAGUUACAAACGUUAGGAUCAAGUUAUCAGGGGCGAAAAAUGAAACUUGUUAAGAUAUCACAGAACCCUCACGCGGGGAAUCCGAUUAUUUUCAUAGAUGCAGGUAUCCACGCCCGUGAGUGGGUUGCGCCCGCGAUGGCCCUGUACCUCAUCCACCGGCUGGUCAUGGACCCCGAAGCGAGGAAGCGGGACCUGCGCGGUGUCGACUGGUACGUCCUGCCGGUCGUCAACCCCGACGGCUACGAGUUCACGCGCUCCAGUAAAGCUAAUCGUCUGUGGAGAAAAACAAGAUCUAAAAGUCCUAUCUCCAAUUGUUACGGAGUGGAUGGUAACAGGAAUUACGGUUACCAAUGGGCCGUCAGUGGCGUGUCAAAUAACCCAUGUGAUAUGGAAACAUACGCCGGUAACAAGCCGUUCUCGGAGCCUGAGACACAGAUGGUGCGAGAUGUGAUGCUGUCGAACGCAGAUCGAAUAAAACUUUACGUGUCUUUACACGCUUAUGGUCAGUACUUGGUGUACCCAUGGGGUUACACCGCGGAGUUAUUGCCGAAGCAAUGGAGGAAACUGGACUCGUUAGCUAGGAAAGUAUCACUGGCUGUUCAAAGUGCGGGUGGUCAGCCGUUUAAAGUGAUGAGCGCUGGACAGUGGUACCCGGCGGCGGGUGGAAGCGAUGACUUUGCGUUUGGCGCCGCUCACGUACCCUACUCUUAUACAAUGGAACUUACAGAUGGAUACGAGUUCGUAUUCCCUGAGAACCGGUUAAGGAGUACCUUACCACAAUUAUACGAAGGAUUCAGAGCAUUCGCUUCGGAGAUUCGCAAUGAAUUCUCUAAUAAACGUUUGAGAGACCACGCAUCGUAAAGACUGUUAUGAUUUCUGCAAUCUUUGUAAUAAAGUGU